AUGAAACAUUUUUCUUUCAAGUUACUUGCAUUUUGGUCUAUGUAUCUCCACUUGUCUUCUUCAUUUGCAUCGGAAAAUGAGACCGAUCAUUUGGCACUGCUCAAGUUCAAGGAGUCCAUAUCCAACGACCCACAUGGAAUCUUGCUCACUUGGAAUAGUUCUACUCACUUUUGUAAUUGGCAUGGAAUCACAUGCAACCCCAUGCAUCAAAGAGUUAUAGAUUUAAACUUGCUAGGAUACAAGUUGAAGGGGUCCAUAUCUCCCCACUUAGGCAAUCUCUCUUAUAUGACAAGUCUCGAUCUCGGAAAAAACAACUUCUACGGGAAAAUCCCACAAGAAUUAGGACGCUUGUCACAAUUGGAACAACUCUAUGUCGACAACAACUCAUUGGUUGGAGAAAUUCCUACAAACUUGACAAGUUGCACUCAUCUCAAAUUCUUAUACUUAAAUGGGAACAAUUUGAUCGGCAACAUACCAAUCAAAAUUACCUCACUUCGAAGGCUUCAAGGUAUGUUUCUUUUUAAGAACCGAUUAACAGGAGGGAUCCCAUCAUUCAUAGGGAAUCUUUCAUCCCUAACUGCUCUCUCGGUUGAUAGUAACAACUUUGAAGGAGAUAUUCCGCAAGAAAUAUGUAAUCUCAAAAGGUUGACAUUUCUAGCACUAGGUGUCAACAAAUUGCGUGGAACACUUCCUUCUUGUUUUUAUAAUAUGUCAUCUUUGACUCAAUUCUCAGCUCCAGAAAAUCAAUUAAAGGGCUCUCUUCCACCCAACACUUUUCACAUCCUCUCCAAUCUCCAACUAUUUGAAAUUGGUGGCAAUCAAAUCUCAGGUCCAAUCCCAUCUUCCAUCACAAAUGCAUCCAACAUUUCAACACUUGAUAUUGGUGCAAACCAUUUCACGGGACAAGUUCCAAGCAUGGCUAUGCUACUAGAUCUUCAAUAUCUAGCUUUGGCUAUGAAUAAUCUAGGUGACAAUUCAACCAAUGAUUUGAUGUUUUUAAAUUCAUUGGCAAAUUGUAGUAAGUUGCAACAUUUAGAUAUAGAGAAAAAUAAUUUUGGAGGUCAAUUACCAAAGUCUUUAGGAAAUUUAUCCACCCAACUUGGUAUACUAGCUCUUGGGGGAAAUCAAAUAUUUGGAAACAUCCCAGCCGAAUUAGGAAAUCUAAUUAACUUAAUUGGCUUAGGCAUGGAAAAUAACCAUUUUGAAGGAAUCAUCCCAUCAACUUUUAGGAAGUUUCAGAAGAUGCAAGUGCUAGACUUGAGUGGAAACAAACUUUCGGGAGAUAUACCAGACUUCAUAGGCAACCUUAGUCAAUUGUUUUAUUUGGAUAUGGGAAAAAAUAUGUUAGAAGGUAAUAUUCCUCCAAAUAUAGAAAACUGCCAAAAGUUAGAUUACUUAAAACUUUCACAAAACAACCUUACUGGAACCAUAUCCUUAGAGGUUUUCAAGUUGUCCUCUCUAACAAACUUGUUGGAUUUGUCACAAAACUCAUUGAGUGGUAGUAUCCCAGAGGAAGUGGGUAGUCUAAUACAUAUCAAUUUGCUAGAUGUCUCUGAGAAUUAUCUGUCUGGUGAGAUUCCUGAAACUAUUGGAGAAUGCAUAAUGUUGGAGUACCUCUAUUUGCAAGGGAAUUCUUUACAUGGAAUCAUACCAUCCUCUUUGGGAUCACUUAAAGGUCUUCAAGGUUUAGACCUCUCACGAAACCUCUUGUCUGGAUCAGUUCCUAGUGUUCUGCAGCACAUUCCUUUCUUACAAUAUUUCAAUGUAUCUUUCAACAUGUUGGAUGGCGAGGUACCAACUGAAGGUGUCUUUAAAAAUGCAAGUGGAUUAGUGGUAACUGGAAAUACUAAACUUUGUGGCGGUAUUUUUGAACUACAUCUACCACCAUGUCCCAUCAAAGAGAAGAAACUUGCAAAACACCACAAGUUCAGGUUGAUAGCUGGAAUAACUAGUGUGCUUGUUUUUCUUUUCAUACUGACAAUUAUUCUAAUUAUCUACUGGAUGAGAAAAAGGAGCAAGAGACCAUCUUUGACUUCACCAACGAUUGACCAAUUGGCUAAAGUUUCAUACAAAAGCCUUCACAACGGAACUGAUGGGUUCUCAACUACAAACUUGAUAGGGUCUGGAAAUUUUAGCUCUGUCUACAAAGGAAUUCUUGAUUUAGAAGACAAAGUUGUUGCCAUAAAGGUUCUAAACCUUGCAAGAAAAGGAGCUCACAAGAGUUUCAUUGCCGAAUGCAAUGCACUUAAAAAUAUUAGACAUCGAAAUCUAGUACAAAUUUUAACAUGUUGUUCCGGCACAGAUUAUAAAGGUCAAGAAUUCAAAGCUCUAAUUUUUGAGUACCUGAAAAAUGGAAGCUUAGAACAAUGGCUACAUCCUGAGACACUAACUGCAAGGCAUAUGAGAACAUUGAACCUUGAUCAAAGAUUAAAUAUCAUGAUUGAUGUUGCUUCUGCAUUACAUUAUCUUCAUAAUGAAUGUGAGCAAUCGAUCAUUCAUUGUGAUUUAAAACCGAGCAAUGUUCUUCUUGAUGAUGACAUGGUUGCUCAUGUGAGUGAUUUUGGCAUAGCAAGACUUCUCUCAACCAUUAAAACUACUCCUUCUAAGCAAGCAAGUACAAUCGGAAUAAAGGGGACAAUUGGCUAUUCUCCUCCAGAGUACGGAUUGGGUUCUGAGGUGUCCACGAAUGGUGACAUGUAUAGCUUUGGGAUUCUUGUGUUGGAAAUACUUACCGGAAGACGACCCACAGAUGAAAUCUUUGAAGAUGGUCAAAAUUUGCAUAACUUUGUGAAAAAUUCAUUUCCUGAUAAUCUAUUGCAGAUUUUGGACCCAUCACUUGUACUAAAACAUGAAGAAGCAACAGUAGAAGAAAACAAUCAGAAUCUUACCCCAACAGUUGAAAAAGGCUUAGUUUCGCUCUUUAAGAUUGGACUUGCUUGUUCUGUAGAAUCACCAAAAGAAAGAAUGAGUAUGGUGGAUGUCACUAGAGAGCUAAGCAAAAUAAGAAAACACUUUCUUGCUGGGGUUCACACUUGAAUAAUCAAAGCUGAGAUCAAACGUUACGACUAUUUCAGAACCAGAGAAGCACACCAACUGCACAAAGUUUAUUUCAAUUGGUAUUCGCCCAGGAGGUGGAUUUAUAUCUGUAACACAAAUGUAUAAUGAUAUUUAAAACCAUUUGAUUGAUCUUCCUCUUGAUAAGGCCUUCUAUCUUAUGUUUGUUUUCAGAAGUGAUGUAGCACGAGACUGCUAAUUUCUAUUUUGUUAUGAGAUAAUUUGUCACAGAUCAUUUGUUUCCUAAUUUCCUAAAAUUAUUCUGUUUCUAUUC